AUGUCAUGGGACCAGACUCAAGAAGAUGGCCAGAGGAACCAGAGCCACCAAGCCAGUAUCAUCUGGGUCCCCACAGAAGUGGCUAACAAUGUCACUGAGUUUAUAUUCCUAGGACUUUCCCAAGAUCCUGGAAUGCAACCGAUGUCCUUUGCCUUAUUCCUCCUCUUCUGCAUCGUGAUCAUGGUGGGAAAUCUGCUCAUUCUGCUCAUGGUCUUUUCUGAUCCCCGGCUCCAGACACCCAUGUAUUUCUUCCUCAGUAACCUGUCCUUUGUGGACAUUGCCUAUUCCUCAGCCACUGCACCCAAGAUGAUAGCAGACUUUAUUUCUGAGAAAAAGACCAUUUCCUACUGGGGCUGUGUAACUCAGAUGUUCACCUUCCACUUUUUUGGUUGUGCUGAGAUUUUUGUCUUGACUGUUAUGGCUUUUGACCGCUAUGCUGACAUCUGCCAGCCUCUCCGUUAUACCACCAUCAUGAGUGGCAAUGCUUGUAUUGUGCUGGCAUCACUGUCCUGGUUAGGAGCCCUGGGUCAUUCCUUUGUUCAGACCCUCCUGACCUUUCACCUGCCUUUCUGCAAUAAUAGGGUCAUUGACCAUUAUGUUUGUGACCACCCAGUCCUAAAACUUGCCUGUGCUGAUACAACCCUGGUAAAUAUGUUGGUGAUUGCCAAUAGUGGUCUCAUCUCUCUGGGGCGUUUCCUCAUUCUUCUGGCCUCCUACACCAUCAUUCUAUUCAGUCUUUGCAAGCAGUCUUCAGAGAGCCGGUGCAAGGCUCUCUCUACAUGUGGGUCUCAUUUCACUGUAGUAACUUUCUUCUUUGUCCCUUGUAUUUUUAUUUAUCUGCAUCCAUCCACUACUUUUCCACUAGAUAAGGCUGUGUGUGUGUUCUAUACUACCAUCACCCCAAUGUUAAACCCACUCAUCUACACUCUGAGGAAUGAGGAUGUAAAGAAUGCCAUGAAACGGAUAUGGAGUCGCAAGGUCUCCUUGAAGGAAAAGCAGGUGGGAUAG